CAGUCCAGUGCGUAAAGAGCGCAGCGCGGAGAGCCUCACAAAGUGUGCGUCCUCCGCCGCCGGGAUUACUGUUUCCUCUCCGUCUGGACAGAGCUACUCUCUCAAUGAAGCUUGGUUCUUCUCUGUGAUUUCUUCGCCAUGAGCUGCCUGGAUGUGAUGUACCAAGUGUUUGGUCCUCAGCCUUAUUUCAGCUCCUACAGCCCCUAUCACCACCAGAAGCUGGCUUUGUAUUCCAAAAUGCAAGACCCCCAGGAGAGCGGCAGUCGGCUCGGCCCCCCGGGGCCCCCGGCCAUCAAAGAGGAGGACAAGGAGCUGCCGCCGGGUGCCGAGUACCUGAGCUCCCGCUGCGUCCUCUUCACCUACUUUCAGGGCGACAUCAGCGCGGUGGUGGAUGAACAUUUCAGCCGAGCCCUGAGCCAGACGACAGCGUACCCCUCCUCGAGCAGCCACAAGGCCGUAAGAGAUGGAUCAUUUCCUAUGAGCCAGAGAAGUUUCCCUGCGUCCUUCUGGAACAGCUCCUACCAGCCGUCAGUCUCUUCCACACUGGGCAGCGCUCUGUCUACUCCCCACACAGAGCUGUCCUUCUCAGGGGACCCGUACUCCUCCACCUCUCUGCACAGCCACCUCCACCAGCCCAGCCCCGACGCCUGGCACCCAUCCCAUCACCACCACCAUCACCACCACCACCACCCUUACUCAUUAGGGGGCGCUAUAAGCACCCAGAGCUCAGCCUACCCUCGUCCUGGAGUUCACGAGAUGUACGGCACAGCGUUUGACCCACGAUACGGCUCGCUGCUGGUCCCGUCGGUGAGGUCGCACCAUCGACUGACCUCUGGCAGCUCGGUACCGGGGCCCAGCGCCUCGCCUUGUGACCUCGGGGGGAAGGGAGAGUCGGGGACGGGGUCGGCCUGGAGUGGCGCCUUCACUGGGGCUGGAGCAGAGAUCGGACUCAACAUGGACACAGGUCUGCAGGCACAGGACAAGAGCAAGGAUUUGUAUUGGUUUUAGAGACCGCUGAGACUCUCUCCUCCUCCCCUCCUUCUCUCUUCCUUCAGCUUUAGCCUCUUUCCUCCACUCCUACUCUACUCUGUUGCUCUGCUGCUGUUAUGGGAUGACUGACAGAAACUGACUGACAAAAACUGGUGAGACGGCAGUUCUUUGUUUAGUUUUUUUUUUUUUUUGCUGUAAUGGCUUCUGGUCUACUUGCAGCUCUGUGUUACGGCGGACUGUGCAGCAGCAGCGCAGCCCUGCUGAGCUGAACACCGUCGGUGUGGAUACAAAGCAAACGUGGAAACAAAAGUGGACUCGCAGAGAAGAGAGAGAGGGAAUCUGAUCCUGAUGGAUCUGGACAAAGAUGAGACCCUUUGUGCUUCUGUAACAGGCAGGGACAACAUUCCUAAACCGGAAAAAGUGGACAGAGGGACAGAGACACAUGUUGCUGAACUCGAAAGACAAGCGCCUGAAGGACUUGGCAGGACUUGCCUCACUGGGGCAACUGAGCUCAGACACUGGGAGAGUGUUAUGGCUGGAGGAAAGGCGUUGUUGCUGUUCACGAAUUGCAAGAAUUUGGCAGACGGCGAAGGCAGGAGUAGUCCGGACACUUUGUUUUACGAGGAGUAAUGUUCCAGCUGGACAACACAAUAUAAUACAAAUGAAAUGAACAGCUUUGAAUGGAUUUGAACUCAUGUCAAUAGAUAUUUAAGGCAUGAUUCCAACUGCAAGCCUUUUCUGUGCCCUUAUUCUAUACUGCACACUAAUUCCACAGAGGAAUCGAAAAUGGUUUCACAUGGGACAUUACACAUUACAACAUUAAGCAUGCUCAUACUAAAUCCUCUUUCUGAGUGUUUUUGUGAGUGAAACUGAUGUAUACCAUGGUCCUACAGGGCACUGCACAAAGUUAAUAAAUACAUUUUGGAUGGUGACCAGGCAGCACUAGAACAAAAACAGACACAUCUUCUAAAAAGCAUUUCAUUUUCUCUCUGUCGUGUUUUGAUUGAUGCAUAGUUUUCUGGUAUGAAACAGAAAAACAUUAAUUUCCUAUCUUGAACUAUAAAUAAUGUACAGCACAUACUGUAUACUACUAUGUAGGACAGGAUAGGAACACAGUUUUUGUCGCAUUUGUGUGCUACAUUUACAGAGGUGAACUCAGUAAGCGUGGAUUUGGUGAUUUAAAAAGCUUGAAGUCCUGACUGCAUUUCAGAAAAGAAUUCAAGCUAUUAAGAGCAGCAUUAGAUGUUGAAAUUGGAAUGUUUGGUUUCCGAUUAACUGAUCCAUACUAAUUAUACUACACAAUUUGUUGUUUUCAUAUGAUAGACAUUUUUGAAAAGUUUGCCGUAUGCGAUUCUAAUGUAGUGCAGUUUUUGUGAAAUUCAGCAAGUAACUUUCCACUGUCUGCUAGCUGUCUGGUGUGUGUGUGUGCUGAAGAAAAAGUGGCUUAAACUGAUCCACUAAACAACAGUCCAGCAUGUCCUGUGCAGUCCUGUAAAAGUAGUGGGAGGGGUGAUAGUGGGAGUGAGAGGGAUGGUAAAUCUGGCACACGCUAACUAUCUAUGCUAGCUAAGGAUAAUGGUUCAUCAUUAAUCAAUUAAAUUGCCGUUCAUAUUUUAACUGAUGUAAAGUAUAUUAAUCCAUUACGUGGAAGUCAAAGGACAUGCAUGUCAGAAAGUGUACAUACAUUAACUGUUGUAUCUGCUUGUGCCACCAGGUAGAGUCUUACUGUUUAAUAAGAUUGAAGACUAGAUCAUUUCAGUCACUCCUCGGAUUGUCCUCCUGUGUGCAGUUACGCGUUUACUAGCAGGAAGUAUUGUAAGGGUUUUGGUAGCAACAGGCACCAUGACAAAGACUUCUGUGGUGGUUAAUGGAUUCCAUCAAGAGCAAAGGCAUUUGAGAAGUGUCUCAAACACCAUAUUAAUUAAUGUGAACUGUAUAUAUGAUAUUAUGAGUUAAUCAAUUAUUGAGUGACAAUGCUGCCGACUAUCAGUUAAGAAAAUUGUUUCAAAUUUGUAUGUCUAAUGAGAUGUCUAACUAGUUUUAUAUUAACAAUCUUUAGAAAUGCAGACUCCAACAUUAUCCUGUUUAUUUAAGAAAGAGAUUCAUCAAUGCUGAUCAUAAUUGUCAUCAUCAUCACUGACUGAAAUGCUUUUCAAACAAUGGUAAUAUGUGACGCAGACCUCUUCAUUUCUCAAUUAAAUAUAAUCAAAUUUUAUCUUAAAUGAUGCACAUAUUUUUGACAUUGAAAUCACCAAAUCAAUGCUUACUGCCAGAUACUGACAACUGCUUAAUCUUGGCCAAAUCUGUAGUUAAUUAUACUAAAUACAACAAACUUAUGUCACAGACAAUGUCCCAGAAAGUUCAGAUAGUCACAAGUUAGCUAAGACGUUUAUGUUUGGCUGGAAGACAACUGUAGGAGGUUGAAAGGGUUUUCUGUGAAUGUGUAGAAUACUUCCUGUAAAACUGUCUUAUGGGCCAAUAACCAGAACCUCUAAUCUACUGCUGAUUCACUAAAGGCUGAUUAUUCCUACAACAGCAGCAGCACGACCACGCCUCUACACUUCACAGCAACAUGGACCGAACUUUGCUGUGGACAUUUUAUGAAACAUUAUUUCAAGGUGAAAGCAGAGAUUUCAAUAACAUCUUCAUGGCUGUGUCAACAUAAGAAACGUAAACUUCACACCAGGGGCUGCUGAGACAGAGAGAGAGAGGAGGGGUCUCUGUGAUGAAUGAGGAGAACGACGGCUAUUUGGAGCCACUUGACUCUUUCUCUCUCUGCUCUCAUGCAGCUGUCAACGACAACUGCUCUUCAGCUCUCUGAACACACACAUGUACACACCGUUCCACUGUGCAGCGCUCGAAACAGGCCUAUGAACUUAAUAAAGGGAGCAUUUAGUGUGAGCUGAGUCCUGCCCUACUGGGGCAACUGGUGCGAUGUAAGUGGAGGGAGCAGAGGACACACACAACUGUCAAAAAGUAAUUUGUGAGUGUGGAUGUAUGUGCAGGCAUGUGUUUAUUUCUAUAGUUACAAGGAUCACAUUUUUCAAUCAGUGCAAAAGCUUAGAAAAAAAUCAUUUUAUUGUUCUCACACUUUCACUAAAUGUAAGAUUGGGAUUAGGUUUAGAUUAACGUUUGGAGUUUGAAGAUAAUGUCAGCAUUAUUUUCUUUUCUCAUUUUCAUUAACAAAUUCUUUGAAAAUACCAAAACCAAUGAAUUUUCUAGCUGUGAAAUAUUGUCUGUGUGGCAACAGCCUGAUAUAGGUUCUGUCUUCCUGCUUUUGUAGUUCAAAAUCACAUGAAAGCCAUUAUGAAAGAGACAAAUUCCUUAAUUGUAAUGAAGAUGGCCUGAAAACUUUUGUUUUUCUAUCACAAGUGGACCAUGUCUAGAUCCAAGCUAAGUGCUAGGUCACACCAGAAACAUGGGACAGGAGCAAAGUUUUGUUGCCACAUCAACCUCAACAACUUCAAUAAGAGGUGAGAGUUGGUUAAAACAGUUUUUAAAAAGGCACGUCAGAGUUAACCAAAAUUGCAUUCUGCACAACAGCACCAAAAUUUUCACAUGUAUGAAACUGAAAAUAUUUGAUUUCAGGCUGACAUUUUGCUAUUAAAAUGACAGUGUGACUGUGUCCUUGCACUGGGUUAUGAUAGUUUAAUAAGCUGAGAGAAAUAACUUCAUUAAUGCCCACAGUCACUCAUUAAUUCUUUAGUUCUGCAGUUGCAACUUUCGGUCACAUUAGCUCAGAUUCAGUCCUGAAACUUUAACCUGACACUAAUGACCAAUAAUUCACAUCUUCUUGCUGUUCGAUACCACCAACCACCCUCCUCCUAUGCGCUCCUGGUAGUUAAUUUAUAAUGAAACUGAUUUAAUACUCAUGUUUGUUUUUGAAGAAGGACAUUGUUGAAGAUAAGAACGUUAUUCUUCAGAUCUAACUGUAAAUCUACUUUCUAAAAUGUACCUGUGUCUUUAUGUACUAUAAAACCACAAAGCAAAGUAAUGGCUCCUAUAUGACACUGUGGCUGCACACAAUAUUUAGUUGGCUGAUUAAAUUCACUCAUUGGUUUUGGCCUUUUUGAGAACACGCAAAAAAUGUUGUAAAAAUUUAAAUAACUAUUCUCCAGGACUCUGUUCUCCACUCACCAAAUGUUUGUGGCUUCAUUUCCUUGAUCACAGUGAAGGCAAGCAGUCUUAGAAAAUGGGUGAUUUUGCUAACAAUAACCAAAAAAUCCUUGCAAAUAUAGCGAUCUGUUAUCAUGUGUGUGUAUGCGUCUGAAUCGACUCUCUACAUGACCAGCGCCGCACUUCUUUAUGUGAAACUGUGAUAGUAUCUACUCUGUCCUUUCUUUUCCUUUUUUCUACCUACAUACUGUAAAUCAACAGCCACAGCAUGCAGCAGUGUUUUAUGUGAAUAUAUUAAUAUAUUGCCUAAAGUAUUGUUUCUGUUGAUCUCGCUCCAGUGAAAAGUCUUUGUAUGUAUUUGUUGUUUGCCUGUAACUAGAAACUGACAGCACUAUUGUGUUUCAAAGAUGUCUUGGCUCUCUCCUCAGUGGCUGCUACUGUGUUAUUUACUGGAAGCAAUGUCUGAAAAUCUAUGAAAUGCCCAAAAGGUAUAGGUAUAGGUUUACUACUGAGUAAAUAAAGCACCGUUUGAUGUUAGAAAAUUAGCAUUUGCCUGUGAUUAACUAUACUUUACUAUUUAAAUCUAUUCUUCAGACUUUUUAAAGUGACAUUGGAUAGGAUUCAAUAAUAAGUACUCAGUUGAAGGUGUUAAAUGUUUUGGCCAUCAGUAUGAAUUUAUAGUAGAACUGGUUUUAAAAAAAAGAUCCCACAUGCACCAAUUAAAAAUACAAGAAAAUGAA